AUGCAGUCGGGCGUGAAGCAACAAGAGCUCUGUGGAGCCGCAGUGACGGAUCAGCUUGAGAGCGACACUGCUGGCCCUAUCGAGAACGCCAUUAAGGUUGCGGAUGCCAACUACAAGUGUAAUCUGUUCCUAUGCCGCGGUUAUCAAUUCGAAGACAACCAGGAUAAUGUUCGCGCCGUUACGGCUGGUGAGGUCAUUCCAUUCCACAUUGAUCUUAUCGCCGGCCAUAGACCAGGACACGCCAACGUCUCAGUGAUUGACCUCGCAAGCAACGAAGUCAUUGGCGAGCCCCUCGUCACCUGGGAUGACUGGCCGACGACCAAUCCCGAUCCUCUGGCUGACACUGACUUCAAUGUUACAAUUCCGGAUACCUUGGCGUCGCUUUGUGACAUCGGCGGCAAGUGUGCCAUUCAGUGGUUCUGGUACGCCGAGACGAACAAGCAAACUUAUGAAAGCUGCAUCGACUUCUACAUUGAUGCAUAA